AUGACUUCCACCGCUACCUCCGACUCAAACACCAGUUGCCACCAUAACCACUACCGCCCCUUCACGUCCACCGGCUCAAACAUCACCAACACACCGCAACUUAACCACCACGGCCACCACCACUAUAGCAUCACCACUAUAACCACAGCAACCAUCAUCUACACCAUCCCCACCUACCCACAGCUAGAACCGCCACAAACUCAAUUACCUCCCCCGCUACUGAUAUCCCCACAACAACUACCACACUCCCACAACCACCACCGCAUCUCAACAGCCACCACAACAACGUCCACCGCUAUCCACAAAAACCACCGCCCCCAUUAUCACUACCACUUUUUGUAA